GUUGCACAAAACCUCUUUCGUAAGAAGUGGUUGAACCAAGGGGUGCGUGCCGUGGCAGAAGAAGCCGCGCUGUCUGCAGCCAGGUUCAUCAUGGGGCUCUCACAACUGGACUCGUCGCUGUCUGGGCGUGACGUUGGGGGACGUUCCCUCUUGACGUCCGCUAAAUCCAAGGCGGAGCGACCGCAGACCAGGAGCCCCCGACGUGAACCAGAGGACCGUCGCCCCCCUUUGCUGAGGGCUGCGCCCAGCCGGGAGCGACCUCGUGCAAGGGAAGAAGACAGGCGCCCUCCGGAGGAGUACAGCUAUGCAGAGGGGUCGGAAAAAGAAGAGGCAUGUGAGGAAGAGAUUGAGGCGAGACCCGAGGUCAAAGAGGCACCUGCUCUCGAGCGGCGCCGGCCAGAGAAACUUCCAGAGCCGAGGCACCCUCUGAGGGGAGCAUCCCGUGGGAAAGGAAAGAAACGCAAGCGCAGGGGAGGAAGCAAGCACCAAAGGCAUUACCGUGAAAGGGAGGAUCCUUUGAGGACCAGCCACAGGAAGCUGGGCAAGUCGAGGUUGGAGUUUGCUCCUGACCUUAGGGGCCUACGUGAGCAGUCGAGCUGCAAAAGAAGUGGCAAAAGGCCCCGAAAUGGAGCAGAAGAGCUUCGCGAGCCUCCACCUUCUCGACCUGGGACAGGCCCCUCUACCGCGGAGAAGCGGCUAGGGGCGCUACGCAAGAAUCGCGGGGAGCACAGAGUUUCCUUUGCCGAUGGGCCGGGGCCGCUGUCUACACGACGGGCGGCCGAAGACCCCAGGGGUGCCAAGGAUGGCACUGGUGGCCGGCAUCGAAGCUCUGCCUCACAGGAGGCAAACCAGCUGGCGAUUGUCAAGAAGGAGGUGGAGGUUAUCCCAAGCGAGUCCGAGAAGGAGGACAAGAAGAAAAAGAAGAAAGCCUCGAAAUUGAGCGAUACUCUGGCUCGAGAGGCGCAAGCGAAAGCGGAAGGGAGCUCUGGCUCGGACAGCGACAGUCAGUCGAGCCGUCGAGCUUCCUCGAGCGACGAAUCCCUGGUGGCCCCGCUCAAGCGGCGAGGCCUGAAGGCCCCGGGGUCGCUCUUCCAGAUGCUGGAAGAAAGCGCAGUGGAGCGCCUUUCAGAUGGUGUUGUGGAAGAAGGCUACGAGUCAGCGGGCCUCAUGCGCCCCAAGUUGCUGACGUAUUUCCAGCUGUGCUUGAAGCCCCAUGUCGAUGAUGUGAGGAGCCGAGGCUGCAGGGAAUUAGCAGUAACACGGUCGUUGGAUCUGCUGAGGGAGGGCCGCCUGACAGAGCUGGCCGAUGUUUUGGCCGGGCGUCUGAUGGCGGUCGAUACAGCAGGCCGCCAGGGCUGGAACACGGCAAAGCACCUGGAGGUAUGCUGCGAAGAAGACGAAGGGGUAGCACCAUCCCACGUCUUAUUAGCGGCUCAAAGACAUGCCCGUCAAGUCGAAAAGGCAGGCGGCAAGGGCAGUUGGCCCCGCUCCGGCGGCUGGGGCUCAAGCGAUAGGGCGCAGGUUGACAACCAUGGGGAGACCCCGUCUGUGUUGGAUACAGCGAAUUCAGCUUUUGAGGCGGAGCCCCUUGCUGCCCUUGAUGUAGCUGGCUCCAAGAUCCCGGGCUCGACCCAAGUGGUCGCUGGGAGCCCCUCAGGUGCCCGUGCUGAACCUCCACGAACCGCCGCCUUUAAGCGAAGCGGUUUGUUUCCCCUGCCAGCUGAGUUACCCGCUGAAGAUCAGCUGCGCGCUGCUGGAUUGGAUCCGUGCAACGAUAAGUCGCUAGCUGAGGACUGCUGGGUAGGACAUGACAAGGCACUGGGUGGGGCUGGAGCAGACCAAGUGUUGCCGGGGUUAGCCAUGCAUGCCUGGGAUAAUGCUGGUGUAUUGACCGCAGAAGAUAAGCAAGUCUUGGGAAACCCUACUGUGACAGAGCUUGGAGUCCGUGUGGAUGGGACCCAGAAGUUGCUGGGUAGCUCGCCCGAGUUACGGGCCGUGGAGUGCCCCGUUUUAGUGGGCUCCACAGGUUUUGCCUUGAGUACAAAGGCAGACUCAGGCAAUCAUGGAAACUUUUUAAAUCUUGGCGGAGAGUUGAAUCGCCCCAGAAAGAAGGCGGCACUGCUGACAGUGCCAAUUGUCUGUGCGGUCAUUGCCAGAGCCCUGGAACUUGAUGAGCUGGCCUUUGCAGCCCUAAUAGCUUUAUCAUUUCAUUGCAUGCUGCUACGCACAGGUGAGGCGUUAGCCCUUCAAUUUAAAGCUCUGGAAUUAGGUGAUGAGGGCGAGGAGGAGCCACAUGGCUCUUGCAACAAGGAGUACCCCUCGACGUUAUACUUGUCCGAG